CAGUAGGUGGCAGAAAUAGGUCGCACUGCAAUCAAAGUUCAAUAACGCUCCACAAGAAGAAGAUGUAGAGCGCUGCUGGAAGAUUCUGGAAGUCUGUUUGGUACACCGAGUCAUAAGACGAGAAGGGAUUUCACCAUAUUUCAGGAUUAACCUGUUGGGGGGCAACUAUGGUGAAAGAGACUGGUUUUUAUGAUAUGCUGGGUGUAAAGCCUAACGCCAGCCCUGAAGAGCUGAAGAAGGCUUAUCGUAAACUGGCAUUGAAAUAUCACCCAGAUAAAAAUCCAACAGAGGGGGAAAGGUUCAAACAGAUCUCCCAAGCAUACGAAGUUUUGUCAGAUACCAAGAAGAGAGAAGUGUAUGACAGAGGGGGUGAGAAGGCAAUUAAGGAGGGAGGAAAUGGAGGGCCAAGUUUUGGCUCCGCCAUGGACAUUUUUGACAUGUUCUUUGGAGGAGGGGGACGCAUGCACAGGGAGAGGAGAGGAAAGAACAUGGUGCAUCAGUUGACUGUAUCUUUGGAUGAGCUUUAUAUUGGAGCCACCAGGAAACUUGCUGUCCAGAAGAAUGUAAUCUGUGACAAGUGUGAAGGUCGUGGGGGCCGUAAAGGAGUGAUGGAAGUGUGUCCUUUGUGUCAUGGGGUGGGUGUCCAGGUCAGACUACAUCACUUGGCACCUGGCAUGGUGCAGCAGAUAUCAACAGUCUGUGCUGGCUGUCAGGGGCAAGGUCAGCAACUGGGUCACCGUGACCGCUGCAAAACAUGCGCUGGUCGCAAGAUACUACGGCAGAAGAAGAUUCUUGAGGUGCACAUUGAUAAAGGUAUGAAAGAUGGACAGAAAAUAGUGUUCCAUGGGGAGGGUGACCAGGAGCCUGGCCUUGAACCUGGAGACAUCAUCAUUGUCUUAGAUCAGAGAGCGCACCCAGUUUUCACCAGACAAGGAGAGGAUCUCAUCAUGAACAUGGAGCUACAGUUGGUGGAGUCAUUAUGUGGUUUUCAAAAACCUAUUAAUACACUGGACAACAGAACUCUACUCAUCACAUCCCAUCCAGGGGAGUUGAUCAGACCUGGAGAUAAGAAAUGUGUUCUGAAUGAGGGAAUGCCUUUGCACCGUCGGCCAUUUGAGAAAGGCAAACUCAUCAUCCUUUUCAGCGUUGUCUUCCCUGAAGAGAACUUCCUUCCAUUAAACAAACUCAAGGAGUUAGAAGGGUACUUACCUGAAAAACAGGCAAAUAUUGAGCCUGACAGCAUGGAUGAUGACCUCUAUAUAUACGCUGACCUUGAAGACUGUGAUCUGACCCAUGAACGCCAGCAUUACCAUUAUAUAGAGGAGGAAGACUUUUACCCGUCUGGAGGUGUGCAGUGCCAAACCUCGUAGAGAUUCCUGUUCCCUUACCCUCCCUUCCACAACAAAUGCCACCUCUGCUGGAACACAAGGAAAAAGGACCAAGAGGGAAAAUUUUACCUCUCAAAUAGUUCUGUGCCUAGAAUAAGACCUCUUAGUGCCGACCUCUUGUGUCAUUGUUUGGAAGUAACUUCUCGUCCAAAGUUUUGAGCAGAUAAUUUGUGAAAUAAAAAGUCAAAUGAGUUGGGACACUGGUGCCAUAGAGGUUCAGCUGAAGGGAGAGUCUAUGGAAAUUUGUGUAGCAGUUACAGUGGAAAUGGAAGGGAUAUUCAGGUCAAGUUGGUUGUGCCAUAAUCCCAGAAAAUUUAAUCACGAACAUGUAUUUACUUGGAAAAAGGAUUUUUCUUCAUCAGUUUGAGAAAACAUUACAAUCUUUGUGGUGUUUUGUUUAUUGGCAGUUAAUUGUGGGUUUCAUGUAAGACUGUUUGAUCUUGAUGUUGUUGGAAAUUUGGUAUGUGCCAGUUUAUUGCUAAAUGUUUUUUCUAGAACAUUUUGAACUAAUAAGAGGGUUAAUAACGAAGUUGAAAAUACAUUUCAACAAAGAAAAACUUGUGUUCAAAAUGAACUGUGAUCCAUCUCUUAAAAGCCUUAUUUUGUAGAAAGCGAUAUUAGUUAACUUCUUAAUUGGCUGAUAUUAUUUAGAGUCUAGUACCUGGUAACUUUUCAUGUUACUGUUUUCAUGUAACUAAGAAAUAAUAGCCAAGGAUUUUAUCAAAACUAAAUCGCAUUGUGUUUGUUUGCUAUUUAAGGAUCGAAGAAGAUAUUAAAUCCUUUUUUGAAGGAAUUAGUUUUAUCUAAAUAACAAAAAAAAAUCAUUAAUUGAAUGAGCCGUCUACAUACCUCUGCAUAAAAUCAGUCUUAAGAGCAUCUUGAAAGAAAAUUUAACAUUUUUUGCAAAUUAAUUAAAUGUUAACUCUGCCUAAAUUUGGAAGACACAUUUUUUUGGAUAUUGCAAAUGCACUUUUAUCCCAUUUGUUAUUAUUAUUUUCAUUUUUGCUAGCAGAUAGUCUUAUAUUUGAUUAUUUGAUUAUCUGUGUUGACUGAAGUUUAAUUGAAAAAUUCUAAUUAUGACCAAUAAUUGCCAUUUGUAGUUCUAUUUAUAAAAUAAAUGUCACAAUGUUA